AUGUUCCUCCUCAAAUUCUUCUUCGUCACCCUCUUCAUCACCCUCACCUUCUUCUUCAAAGAUAAACAAUAUUACCACACCCGUCCCGUCGCCGAGCAGCAGCGCUGCAUCGACUUUUGCUACCGCGCCGGCCGCACAGAUGUCAUGCACAUGAAGAUGUCGUGCGCUUCGUGCAUGGAGCGUAUUCACAAUAGCGUAUGCUAUGAUUGUGCUAAAGCGAGGUAUUUGGCACUGCCGUAUAAAGAGGAGUAUCAGCAGUGUUGGAAGUGCUACAAGUAUGCUGGGUGGAAUACUUGA